AUGUUGGGUUCUUUCAGCUUAUUUCCAGGAUAUUCCCUCAUGCCCAAAGGCAGAGAACCCAGAAAAAAGCCCCUUUUGUGGUGGGUCUGGCAUCACCCUGGGAAGGAGGCAAUGGGGAUGCAGCUGCCCAAGGUUAUCCUCAUGGUGAAGGCUGCAAUCAGGGAGUCCUGGGAGCUGCCCAGUGCUGUACAGCUCCGAAAUGGCUGUGGCCACACGCUGCUGACACCCCACAGUGGCACCCUGAGCUCCAAGAACUACCCGGGCACGUAUCCCAACCACACCAUGUGCUGCUGGCAGCUCCAAGCCCCACCAGGCACAUCUCUCCUCCUGGCAUUCGGGGAUGUGGAUCUGGAGCCCUCCGAGCACUGUGCCCUCAGCUCCUUGCUGCUCACUGACCCCCAGACCGGCACUGCCUACGGGCCCUACUGCAGGAACUCCGUCCCUUCUGCCCCACUCCUGGUGACAAACUCCAGCACUGUGACCAUCCUGUUCAACAGCACCAGCCAUCGUUCAGGACGAGGCCUCCUCCUGUCCUAUGCCACCUCGCAGCACCCAGACCUGGUCUCCUGCUUGGUUCGAGGCACCCACUACACCCAGGAGCAUGUCAGCUCCAGCAGGAUGGGGAGCAGAGCAGGCUGCAAGGACAUCCAUGGGGACAUCUGGGGCAACCCAAGCCAGGGCUACCGGGAUACAUCAGUGCUAUGCAAGGCAGCCGUGCAUGCCGGGGUGAUUGCAGAUGAGCUGGGCGGGCAGGUCACCCUGUCCCGGGAGAAAGGGAUCACGCUCUAUGAGUCGGCCUUUGCCAACGGUCUCCGCUCCAAAAGGGGAUCUCUCUCCGAGAAGCGACUCAUAUUCCACAAAGUCUGUGAUGAUGUGCUGGAGGUGGUGACCUUCAAUGCCUCGUCCUGGUGGCACGAGGUGGGCAUGCUGGGCCAGGACCAAGACUGGGUGGCUGAACGGGCAGCGCUCAGCACCACCGGCCACUCCUGGGCGGCCGAACCUGACGCCAAGGCUGCCUGGCUGGAGCUGGACCUGGGCAUCCGAAGGAAUGUCACAGGCAUCAUCACAAAGGGCUCCUCCGAGCACCACAACUACUACGUGACAUCCUACCAAGUCUCCUCUAGCCGUGACAGGAAGAAUUGGAGACCCUACAGAGGCAGCAGUGGCCAGGAGGAGAAGGUGUUUGAAGGAAAUGCUGACAGCCAGGGGGAGGUCUCCAACGCCUUUAUCCCCCCCAUCGUCGCCCGCUACAUCCGUGUCAUACCACAGAGCUGGCAUCAGCACAUAGCCCUGAAGGUGGCCCUGGUGGGCUGCCAGGUGGCACGGGUCCGCACGCCCCGUCCAUACGUGCCCAGUGUCCCCAAGGAGGUCCUUGAACCCACCAGCCACCCAGCCAGCCACACCCCCAUACCUGGCAUCGCCCUGGACCCGGAGAAGGCAGACUCCACACUGCUGGUGAUGCUGCUCAUUGGUGGUUUUGUGCUCUUCUGCUCCUGCCUCCUGCUCCUGGCUUUCCUCUGCCACAGGAAGAGGAAGUCAGCAGCGGAGCUGAACUGUGGGAUCACAAAAGGGUACCCCAAGCUGGAGUCGAGCCAGGUCUGCUCCCUGCAGAGCCUGUCAGCCUCCAGCCUGGCUUCCUUCCCCACGGCCGCCAUGCCAGGGGACCUCAGCCGGACUCAUUCGCCAGAGUACGCUGAGCCAGACCUGGUGCAGGUGAGCCCCUGCAGCCAGACAGGUGCCUCCACCUUCAAGCCAGUCCUGGAAGAGGGCUAUACUCUGCCGCUGGUCGUGAGCCACUACGACGUCCCAGGAAAGCAUCAUGAAUAUGCAGAGCCACUGCCGCCAGAGCCUGAAUACGCCAUGCCAUUCAGUGAGCCGGAGCCUGCUGGGAUGCACCACAGCACUUGCAGCAUCACAGGGCCUGCUGGGUGCUCCCUGGUGCAGUACCAGACCCCUAACCUGCGACCCAGGGAGCUACCAGCUAGGGUGGAGCAGACUGGCAGCCCCUGUUCUGAGAGGUCCCACGGGUGGCCUAGGGACUGUCUUCUUGCACAUGUGUACCAUGAAGCCUUGUGAGGAGGGGAGCACAGGAGCGUGAUAUUGGGUGGGGGGAAGGUGUGUAAAGAAGGACCCUUCCCGCGAUAGCAAGGGGCUUUAAAGUAAUGCAGUGUAAAUAUAUGUAUUAUAUUUACAUAUAGCUGUGGAG